AUGUAUAUCUACGCAUUGAAGCUCCGACAAGUCUUACCAUCUAAGCUCGAUAUUUCUUGGGAUUACCACUUCGCGACUCGCAUAGAACAGCAACGAGACACCGAAGGCUCAAGCCCUGUAACCCCGUGGCAUACAAGGCUUGUCCCCAACCGCCAAAAUGCCAACCCAGACACCCAACACGACGCCUGCCUCCUGAGCCUAGCAGCGCUCGGCGAGUUUUGGGGCCAGGGGGUGCUGCACCCCAUCGGAGCGCUAAUGACGGACGAAGACCGUGAGGGCUGGUACCUCUGCAUGGACGGGCCCAGCUCAGCCGAGCUGCAGGAAGAGGUACUCGAAGAGUGCCAGACACCCGAAACCCAGCUCGCCGAGCGACGCGCAGCCCGCAAGGAAGUCGGCAGCCUGGCGCCGGCCGAGGCGCUCGACGUACUCUGCGAGCUGGUGUACCUGGCGCAGAGGUGCCUCGAGCUGGCGAGUGCGUACGCGGCGACGGACCUGCCACCGUGCCCGUUUGAGCACGACACGGCCAAGGACGCGUGGGAGCGCGAGUCGACCGGUUGCGGGAAUCCGGUCGAAGUCCAGUGGCGGGUUAAGCAGAUGGUGGAGUCCGUCAGAACUGCGUGGUUGCGCGAGGCGGAUGCUCAGUUUGACCCCGAGGAGGACCUUUGUCCCUACGAACAUAUGCUUCGCGAGCACCGCGCAUCGCUCUCAGCCUGUCCGUUCUGCAAUUGGCCACCGGAUGAUGAGGCGGUUGACCCGGAGCACCUGCUGGCGCAUAUCGAGAUCGAGCUCCAGUACUUUGCGAAAUUGGAGGUUCCUUGGGCAUCUCCUGAUCGGAAGAAGGAUCGUGCGGUCAAGAAGUGGUAUUGCCGGAGGUACCCCAAGAAGGCAGCAUCGAGCCACCACUACGCCCUGGAAGAGCCCCGGAUUCAGCGCCAUCACGCGGAGGUCAUUAGUGAUUACGACACAUUAGUGUAG